CCUCCCUCCCGGUUCCUGCUUCGCACACCCUUCACUUCCAGAGCACGCGCGUACCACAGACACGGGAACAGCAACCAUGGCUGCGCAGCCGGCCGAGCGCUCGUUCGACGUGAUCGUGGUGGGCGCGGGCAUCAUGGGCAGCUGCGCGGCGCACGCGGCGGCGUCCCGGGGCGCGCGCGUGCUCCUGCUCGAGCAGUUCGACCUGCUGCACCAGCGCGGGUCGUCGCACGGCGAGUCCCGCACCAUUCGCGCCACCUACCCGCAGCCGCACUACCCGCCCAUGGUCCGCCUCUCGCGCCGCCUCUGGGACGACGCCCAGCGGGACUCCGGGUACGCCGUGCUCACGCCCACCCCGCACCUCGACCUGGGCCCGCGGGACGACCCGGCGUUCCUCGCCUCCGUCGCCAACGGCGGCGCCACUGUGCUCGCCCCGGCUGCGGCGGACGCGCCACGGCCGGCGUGGGCGGAGGCGUUCAGGGUGCCGGACGGGUGGGCGGCGGCGAGCAGCGAGCUGGGCGGGGUGAUGAAGGCGACCAAGGCGGUGGCCAUGUUCCAGGCGCUGGCCGCCAAGAUGGGCGCCGUCGUGAGGGACAGGACGGAGGUCGUCGACGUCGCCAGGAAAGGAGAAGGAACGACGACGACGAUCGUGGUGAAGACAGCGAACGGUGAGGAGUUCCACGGCGGCAAGUGCAUCAUCACGGUGGGCGCGUGGACGAGCAAGCUGGUCAAGUCGGUCACCGGCGCCGACCUGCCCGUGCAGCCGCUGCACACCCUCAUCUGCUACUGGAAGGUGAAGCCCGGGCACGAGCGCGAGCUGACCACGGAGGCCGGCUUCCCGACGUUCGCCAGCUACGGCCUCCCCUACAUAUACAGCACGCCGUCGAUGGAGUACCCGGGGCUGAUCAAGAUCGCCAUGCACGGCGGGCCGCCAUGCGACCCGGACGGCCGGGACUGGGCCAUCGGCCCGGGGGAGGACGGGCUGGUGGAGCCCGUGGCGCGGUGGAUCGACGAGGUGAUGCCGGGCCGCGUGGAGACCGCGGGCGGGCCGGUGGUCCGGCAGGCGUGCAUGUACUCCAUGACGCCCGACGAGGACUUCGUGAUCGACUUCCUGGGCGGCCAGGAGUUCGGGAGGGACGUGGUGGUCGGCGCCGGGUUCUCCGGCCACGGCUUCAAGAUGGGCCCGGCGGUGGGGAGGAUCCUGGCCGAGAUGGCGCUGGACGGCGAGUCGGGGACCGCGGCGGAGGCCGGCGUGGAGCUCCGGCACUUCGGCAUCGGGCGGUUCGACGGGAACCCGACGGGGAACGCCAGGAGUUACUGAGCAGGCAUGGAUGGAUGGAUGUUUGGAGCGCGAGCAUCAACUGUGGUUGUGCAUAAUUAUGGUUAUGUCAGACGUGUUAAUUGUCGCAAUUUCCAAUUGGUGGUACUAUAUAUAUGUUUGCCAAAUAAUGUGUGCACCGUGUGCAACUAUGGAACAGCGAAGUGGUAAUCAUUUUGUGAGCUUUGGAACAGUGAAGUGACACAUAUUUGUCCUA